ACGAAACUCCAAUCAUUGAUGCAGUCCAGGCAUCAAUUUCAGCCGAUUAAAAUGCUCAGAUCCUCCAACCUUUCACUCGACAAGAAGUAGUGUCAAUGUUGAAGCAAAUGGGCCAGCGCAAAGCUCCCCGGCCUGAUGGUUUCUCGGUAUUAUUCUACCGGAAGAACUGGAGAAUAGUAGGAGAUGAUGUCGUAAAUCUGGUUUUGGGGAUCUUGGAGAGGGGUGAGAUGGUGUCGGACCUUACUCCCACGCUUAUGGAGCUCAUCCCAAAAAUUAAAAGUCCAGUGUCGCCAAAGGAUUUUAGACCGAUCAGUCUAUGUAAUGUGCUAUACAAGUUGGUGGCAAAAGUAUUAGCAAACAGGUUAAAGAUUCUUUUGGAUCAGGUUAUUUCAAAAGAGCAGAGCGCGUUUGUGUCUGGGCGGGUUAUUACUGACAACAUCAUGGCUGCCUUCGAGUGCUUCCACAGCGUGAAGAAGAGGAAGAAGAGUCGGGUAGGCUACCUGGCGGCCAAAGUCGACAUGGCAAAAGCAUAUGACAGAGUGGACUGGCACUUCCUCUAGUCAAUGAUGCUUAAGGUGGGAUUUGAUAGCCGGUGGGUUGGACUUAUUAUGAUGUGCGUCAGAUCGGUGUCUUACUCAGUUUUGAUUAAUGGCCAUCAGACUGAGAGAUUUGUGCCCUCACGAGGGAUUCGACAAGGCGACCCGCUUUCACCCUAUCUUUUCCUGCUUUGUGCGGAGGGGCUUUCGGUGGCUACAAAGCAGGCCACAAAAGGGAAGAAGAUACGAGGACUGGAACCAGCAAGAGGGGCUUCGACAGUCACCCACCUCUUAUUUGCUGAUGAUAGUGUAUUCUUUUGCAAGGCUACUAAGUAGGAGAGCAUGGCACUAAAAAAUGUCCUCAAGUCACUAUGAAAAGGAGUCGGGACAGAUGGUAAACUUUCAGAAAUCUGAAGUCUCUUUCAGUGAGAAGGUAAAACCGCACCAUAAGCUAAUUAUUAGUGGGAUCUUGGGAAUGAAGAGUGUUGAAAAGC